AUGAAUAGUUUGAGAGGCCAGAUGGACCCGAUUUGCUUAGGACGCUUCAGGCAACUUAAUGGGCAAUUGAGUACUGUUUUGUUGCAAGAGGAGUCUUUUUGGAAGCAAAGGGCCAAGCAGCACUGGCUACAAGGGGCGGAUCGGAACACGAAGUUCUUUCAUCAGUAUGCCACGCACCGUAAACGGAAAAAUUCCAUUGUGAGGCUUAAGGAUAGGAAUGGGGUAUGGAAGGAGGGUGACGGGCUUGUUUCUCUGGUGACGGAUUAUUACAAGCAGAUUUUUCAGACAAAUGGGGACAUAGGUGCUUUUCAAGUGGAUACCUUAUCACCCCGUGUCACUCGUGCUCAGAAUGAUGACUUGCUUCGUCCUUUCGAGCCUGCAGAAGUGAAACAUGCUUUGUUCGCCAUGGGUAAAGACAAAUCGCCAGGACCGGAUGGAAUGAAUCCGGGGUUCUAUCAGUCUUUCUGGGAUCUCAUUGGUAAGGAUUUUACUGAUUUUGUUCUUGCAUGUUUAUCUCAAUCUUCCUUUCCCCCUGAAUUGAAUGAUGCCAAUAUUGUUCUGAUUUCGGAAAAGGCUGCCCCUGAGUUGGUUGCUGAUUUGAGGCCUAUUGCUUUAUGCAAUGUUGUGUAUAAAGUAAUGGCUAAGAUGAUAGCUAACCGUAUGAAACCGCUAUUGGAUGACAUUGUUUCAGAGUCGCAGAGUGCUUUUCUUCCAGGUAGGCUUAUUUUGGAUAACAUUCUUAUUGCAUCUGAGGAAACCAUGGAGGUGAAGCAUUGUUUGGAAAUAUAUGAGCAAUUCUCGGGCCAAUCUGUCAACUUUCAUAAGUCUAACAUCUCUUUCAAUCGAAAUACUACUUUGUUGGACAGGGAUGCUAUUGCCAUGGGUUUAGGGGUGGAGCAGGCGGAGGAUUUUGGCAAAUAUUUGGGUCUCCCCUCAGUUGUUGGUAGGAACAGGAAAUUUGUUUUUUCCUAUGUGGAGCAGAAACUGAGACAGAGGUUUGGUUCUUGGAAUAAGAGGCUGCUUUCUAUGGCAGGUAAAGAGGUACUUCUUAAAAGUGUUGCUCAAGCAAUGCCUACGUACACUAUGAGUAUAUUUCUGUUGCCUGUAUCGCUAUGUGCUUCUUUGGAAAGAUUGAUGAACAUGUAUUGGUGGGGUAAGAGUACCACGGUGGAUGGGAUACAUUGGAUGGCCUGGGAUAGGAUGUGUGUGCCUAAGAAACAUGGUGGUAUGGGUUUUAAGAGGCUGCAUGAAUUUAAUUUGGCGCUACUAGAGAAGCAGAGGUGGCGACUUUUAACCAAUCCGGAAUCCUUAAUGGCCCGAAUUUUUAAGGCAAGAUAUUAUCGUGAUACUACCUUUUAUGAGGCCUCCUUGGGAGGUAAUCCGAGCUAUGUAUGGAGAAGCAUUAUGACCAGUCAGAGCCUGAUUCGUAGUGGUUGCAGGCGCAGAAUUGGUAAUGGUAGAACAACCAAGGUUUGGGAGCACCCGUGGUUACCUGACUCCCAGAAUCCGUUUGUGCUUACUGAUCAAGUUACCCAACUCCCGGAUCUCAUGGUAGCUGACCUAUAG